GGGGACCGAAAGUUGCGUUGCAACUUAUGCGGCCACCUGCUUCAGGGGGGGUCGUCGAAGGUCGCGCGUCAUUUCACGCAGUCGAAGUUCUUCAAGGCUGGGGGGAUGAGAGUUCUCGCGAAAUUUGGAACGGCACGGACUACACAUUUGUGUCGUCCACUGCUCAGCGGGUGCAGAGGUGGAUGGCAGACGAGGGCAUACGAGACACGAGAGCGCCCGCGGGUGGCCAGAGACAGCGGAUGGACGACGCAGAGAGGGACGACAUUCAGGACGCCCUCGAUGAGGAGGAGGGCCGCAAGGGUGGGGCCAGGGAGGGGGGGGUGGCAGACGAGGCAGACGAGGCAGUCAGAGAGCCUGAUCUGCUAGGGGACGAGGUGGCGAUGAUGUCAAGAGGCGUUGGUCGAGCGGGUCCCGCUCCUAGGGCACCGCGACCUGAGUUGGACCGCGUGAGGAGGGAGAAGAGGACAGUGGGGCAGGCUGCCGUGGAGGUGCCAGACACGGGCAGGGAGAAGAGGGCUCGGCAGACCACGAUUGACGAGAUGUACGCCAGGGAGAAGUUGGCUGAGUUCACAGACGCAUGGCUUCAGUGGAUCUACAUGAAGAAGUUGCCAUUCAACGCCUUCCGUGGUCCGGAGUUCCAAAGGGUGCGACAGGCAGCAGAGAGAGUGCCUCGCUCUAUCCAGUUCCGGUUUACCUCCUAUAGGGUUACAGCGGGCGCCGGUAUCCCUUCGCAGAGGGCGAAGGUGGCGACGAUGGUGAGCAAGUGGGUGCAGCAGCAGAUCCGGGACGGGAAGUUUUGGCAGCGGGUCGAGUACACCAUCCUAGUCAUGUCGCCUGUCCACCAGCUGUUGCGCAGGAUGGAUAGAGGUGGGAUGAUGAUGUCCGUCGUUUACGAGUGGAGUCAUCAUCUGCUGCAGUUGAUGAGGAGGGUGGACGUGCCGGAGGACAUGAUCGAGCCGUGCGUGCGUGAGGUUGCCAUCCGCAACCACCACAUGCUAGAGCCCGCACAUGCUGCGGCCCACCUCCUCAACCCUCGUGGACGGUCCCUCACGUAUUACCAUUCGCUGCAGACGACCGCCGAGGACCGUUGUGUGGUCGAGGAGUGCGACAGAUUUCUCCUGGUGCAGACCGGCGGCGAUCCGGUUGGCUUAUUGUACAGGACCGUGAAGGACCAGAUGAGGGCGUUCCACUCGAGGCGAGGGGAUUGGGGAGAUCGUGACCUCUCCGAUGCCGAGGCGGCCGAUUGCAGGGGGGACAGCGAGACCGAGCGAUGUGCAGCGUGGUGGUUUGAGCAUGGACGUGCCCACCCGGAGUUGCGCACCAUUGCCAUCCGUGUCAUGCACUUGUGGACGUCUGCCUCUCCAGCGGAGAGGAACUGGGCUGAGCACGAGCGCGUCAGCACGGCGAGGCGCUGCACGCUUGGGUUUGCCAAGCUUGCACAGCUGGUUGAGAUUGCCACCAAUCUCAAACCAGCCUCGUGCACAUGGCAGGGUGGUGGCUACGUGUUGCCAUGGGUUAUGGGGACCAGUCGGGGGGGGACGGCGGCAAAGGAGGAGGAUGAGGAGGGAGAUGUAGAGCCCGAGGUGUGGGGAGCGCGACCUGAUGGCAGUGUUCUCGAGCAGGACAUCCAGCGACAGAUUGUCUCUUUCCUUAUCACUGGUGAUGUGCCGUCGACCGCGCCGGUGAGUGGCAGCAGUAGAGCCGGCGGUGGUCAUGUAGGACGUUUGCAUGUGGAGGUUCGCGAGGACGACGCGGGGGAGCAGCAGUCACGGGGAGGUCUUCGUCACACAGGCAGGCGUUGGGAGGUUAGGAGCGACAGCGAGGCCGAGGGGGAGGCCAAGGAGGAGGAGGUGCCCCUUCGCGAUCGUCGCUUCUCUCCCUCCCAUUAUUCGAUCUCUGCACAGCCCGAGGCACUUAGGCGUUCACAGAGGUUGGCAUCGGCAGCAGGCAGAGACCGGACACAUGAUGGUGAGUAUUGUGGGGGGGAGAGGACUCCUUCCCACGCCGGUAUCCGCCCCCGCUCGCCGUCGGUGCUCCGCACACAGGACUUCGACGUCGUAGGGCGUGGUGGGAGCUUGGGAGAUAUCAGUGUCGAGGGACGUCGAUGUGCCUCACCGCAGGAGGAGCGCACAAACGCGGACGUUGAGUCGGGCCCUGUUGAGACUGAGGAGGCGAGGGAUGCCCGUUUGGACCGAGAGGAGGAGGAGCGGCUGAGGAGUUUGCCACAGUGGGAGGGUCGGUUCGCGUUUCUCGACGAGCAGCGUCGGCAGAGGGACUUGGAGACAGGAGGGGGGGGGAGUCGUGACGUCGACGACUCGGGUGUCCCUGAGGAGGCGGUUCAGGGGGAGUUCGAUUAUGAGGGGCAGGAUGCCGCCGCAGGUGGUGGGUCAUAUGGUGGACGACGCGGCGACGAGGAGACCGCGGGUGUCCCUGAGGGGCAGGAUGUUAUCAUGGGCCGUGGCGAUAGCGAGACUGCGGGUGAUGAGGGACAGGGUGCCGCAAUGUGCGGCAGAGGAGAGGGUAGACCCGGUGGAGAUGGGGAUACCUCGGGUCUCGGUCGAGACGAUGGACCGGACGACGACGAUGACGACGACCACGGUCCCGAGGACGAUCCCGACGUUAGAGGGAGGGAGUUCGGUGCGGGUGAGGUGGGGUCCGGCAGACCCAGCGACGGCGGCAGAGAUAGCGCAGGAUCGAUGCCUCCACCGCCCGCACGGACUCCGGAGGCCAAGUUCAACACCGGGAACCGGACGGUGGCACCCGGAGUUGCGGACAGUGGCGGUUCCCCGCUGCUAGUCCGAGGAGGUGUGGGUGGCAGAUGGUCAGCUGUUCGUCGGGUCGGGGACCGGUUGCAGGCGGAUUACGACGCAGGGAGGGGCGUCUUCACGGGACGUACGCCUGUUCAGGCGCAGGCUGCGGAGGGUGGGUCCGAACGUCCGAGCCUGCAGAUGGCAGGCCGCAUGCUUGGUUUGUCACGAACGGAGACGAGGAUAUCAUUGGUCCUCGAGGCCCCAGGGACAUUCAAGGACAGGCUGCGGGGAGAGCAGUUCACAUCGGGCGAUGAGGGGUUGUUGAUGCGUCCCGAGACGAGACGACAGCAUGGCCUCUCGGAGGUUGAGGCUCGACUCGCUGCAGGGAUCGCCGCAGGGCAGGCAACAUUGGACGCGAUUCAGAGGGAGAGAGAGAGGGGGACUGCUGCACAGGCGGAGGAGGACAAGGAUACAGACACUGAGUUAGAGCCGAUCGAGACUGCGGUCCGCAGACACAGGGCACACGUGGCCGCGGCGGCCGCUGCAGCACAUGCGGCAUACGUUAGCGGGGCAUGUGGCACAGGUGCCGGAGGGAGAGGAGGGCRCCGGGGAGGACCGCAUGGCCGCCCAUGCGACAUAGAGAUGAUGUGCUAGUGAUAGCAAUGAAUGUGUUCUUACAUAAAUGAUGUGCUAAUGAAUGUCCAUCAGUCUC